UCCCUCGCCCCAGAAUACUACUCGUCUACGGAACUUGCUACGCCACUUAGUUCACGCGCACUGGCUAUGACGCGGGUAUGAAGCAGUAUUGAGAAAAUGGCUACAAACGACACUUUCGCACUGACAUCUUGAAAAUUACAAAAUAACGAUGCCGUCCCGCGUAUUAAGUGCGCGAACGGGAAGCGGGGAGGUGAGCGUGGCGGACAGCCCGCUCGCCACCUUCGAGUCGCUCACACAAGCCGCCGUCAUCGCGGUCAUGGGUGUGGCCAUCGUUGUAUCGAACCUUCUUAUCAUUGCUGCUUUCCUCAACUUCAAAGGUUUAUCGAAUGAGGUUAUCAACUAUUACCUCCUGUCACUGGCAGUUGCAGAUUUGCUAUGUGGCCUUUUCGUGGUUCCUCUAUCUGUUUAUCCCGCUAUUACUGGCCGAUGGAUGUUUGGAGACCUCAUGUGUCGAUUGGCCGGAUACGUCGAAGUUACGCUUUGGUCCGUCUCAGUAUACACAUUCAUGUGGAUCUCAGUGGAUCGGUAUCUCGCCGUGAGGAAACCUCUCCGUUAUGAGACGGUUAGUUUGACGGUACAAACUCGCACGCGAAGCCAAUGCUGGAUGGUAUUCACCUGGAUAUCUGCCGCUAUGCUCUGUUGUCCGCCUCUCCUUGGAUACAAAAAGGAAGCUAAUUUCGAUAAGGAAACCUUUAUUUGUAUGUUGGAUUGGGGAACGACGUAUGCUUACACGGCGACUUUAGUUAUUCUAGUUCUCGGGCCGAGCGUUAUUUCAAUAGUGUACAACUACUUCUACAUAUUCUCCAUGAAAAGAAAAUUGAAUAGCGGUGCUCCGAUCCACGAUAAGGAAUACGCGACUGCGCUAGCUGAGAACCUCUCUAACCCGAGUCAUUGGAUGAGCUUCAUCCUUGUCACAGCGUUUUGGCUCAGCUGGGCUCCGUAUUCAGGCGUCAGGCUCUACGAGUACUUCACUGAUCAGGAGCUUAAGAUACCAAUGCUUCACUUCGGCGUCGUAUGGCUCGGGAUUUUAAAUUCUUUUUGGAAAAUCGUCAUUCUCAUAUCUUUUAGCCCUCAAUUUCGACUCGCACUAAGGAUAUUGUGCUUAACAGCUUGCUGUCGAACGAAAGGCCGCCUGCAAGCUGAAUUGAUUGGCAUGGACAAUGAUGAUUAAUUUAACUAACCAUAACGUUUACUAAAUUCUAAAAAUUACUUUCAAUGUUUAUAUAUGUUGAAGUUUUGUUUAUUUUUGGUGAAUUGAGGGUUUAGAGGUAAUACUAUGUGGGUUUUUGAUUCCUAUUUUAUGUAUCGUUUUGAUUUGCUUACGUUAAAUCAUAAUGCGAACACAAAAUGUUAGAAUAUAAUAUAAGACUGAGAACAGACGUCCAGUUUUUAAGUAUCGGUGAAUUAUUAUUAUAUUGGUUAUUAUUAGCGGUUACUAUAAUACGACUCACAGAGGAUUAUUAAUACUGUAUUUAGUAGGAAAUAUAUGGAAUAUUUAUCGUGUAUAUUUUAGAAAUUGAAUGUCUGCUCUCAGCGUCACAUUUGAGAAUAUUUAUUUAUUCGUUAUAAUACAACAACAAUCACUACCAAAGUCAUUCCUUAAGUUAAGAUAGAGCAUAGUAUAUUUACACUUGUUCACUGUUUAGAGGUCAUUUUAUGUCAUAUGUAUAAAUACGAAUUGAGUUCUUUGGAAAUGAUCAAAUUGACACGAUAUAUGUAUAGUUGUAUAUAUUAUAUUAUAUUUGGACAAUAAUGGUUACUUUGACCUUGUGUUGUAGAGUAUGCAAUAAUGGUUUCAUAUCAUUUUUUUGAAUCGGUAGAUUUUAAACUCGAAACGAGAUUAUUUAUGAUU